AAGUGCUGCUUGCUCCCUCCCGGUGUGUUUAGUUUAACCUCAAUUGCUGCUCCCACUCUCAUCACCUCCCUCGGCCAGCUGCUAUACAACCUCAAAUCAUCCUCAAAGUUUUGGAAACCUAAUUCCUUUCCACUUUCUUGAUUCUCCUACAUUGACUCUUUUUGAAUUGACUCUGUACUCUACUGUAGCUGUAGCUCCCUGACUCGAGAGCCUCUUGCCAGUCCUUCGAUCUCCAGUCAAUGAGCACUCUCCAGGCCCUCACCGCCAGUGCACAAUCACUUCUCUCAGGCAUCAAGUACCACCUCUACCACUCGACCAUCUACCGUUGGCUCCUCCGCAGCCUCUGCCGUCUCCUCGACUGCUUCACCUCCCGGCCCUCGCAGUGGCUGACGGACACGGAGCUCGACGGCCCCGACCUGGACUUGGAGUUCAACGAUUUCUCUUCGGAGUUCUCGGCUUCAGUCAAGUCACUGGUCUAAAGAUGGCUGCUGCGACGCACCACCACUAUCCGGAGAACUUCACGGGGGGCCCAGCCCCAGCCCCGGCCCCAGCCCAAGUGCAAGGCACCAAGGUAAUCACGCCCUCACUCGGCUCCGUGUCGAAACGAUACACAGUCCCGUUCCGCUCGGCAACGGUGAGGACCAGGACGGCCGACUACGGCGAUGCGAGGCACGAUCCGGCACUCAUCGCGGAGCUGGGGGAUAUCCGCCCGGAAACGCCGCAGAUGGAUACGAGGCCGUUAAACUUCCGCUCCCCUCCAGUGCAGCAGCAGCAACAACAGCAGCGUUACGGAAACAUGGCACCGCCGGAGUCGGCAUUCAGCCCGCCGAUCUCGGAGUUCGGCAGCACGCGGAGCAGGUAUGGGAGGGCACCACAGGCCCCUAGGAGAGUCAGUUCUACACGGCAGAAAUUGCAACGGAGAAAUACUAUAGACGGUCGCAGGACGGAUGGUGGAAGCAAUGAUGAUAGCGCUGGCGGGGGCAUUCCAAACCUGGACGGCACAAGCGACAUGCCUGAGAGGAAGAAGAGCUCUGCCGGGAACCGCGGAAUGAGUUGGUUGCAGAGGCCAGAGAGGAAGGACUCCAAGCACAAAGUGCCAGCGCCAGCUCCCGAGCCGAAGACAAAGAAGGAUAAAGUUGUGGUGCGGGAUCGCUCCUCCACGGAUCCGGGAAGGCUCGUGACCGCCGAUGCUACAGCACGCGGAAACUUCGACGUCAAGCGAACGGUCUCUUCCGGCAGCCGGUUCAGAAAGGCGUUUUCCAAGGGUGCGGAUAAUAAUAUCGAAGAGGAGUCCACCACCACCGACCAUGGCGAUGCGGUAGAUAAGGUGAAGAAAUGGAAGAAACGAGUAUUUUCGAAGGACUUUUUCAAGAAUGAUGCGAAAGGUCAGAAGUUGGCGGAUCGUAGGAGCAGUUUGUCCACCCCUACCGAGGUCACCGAACCUUCUUCAAAUUCGGCUCCCAGUGUUAUGUCGGAUCACUCGAAUAAGACGGUCAUCACGAGGCAUUCGGCGAAAUCAGUGAAAUCGGUGAAAUCCCGGAGUUCUUCGGACACGGCCGCAAGCCAGGCCGCAUCGACAAUCGAUGACUUUCAGGUUGAUGGGAUAAGUUCCGUACCGAUGGAUGGGAAUGCCACGGAGAAGGUUUUUAACGACAGUGUUAUUGGGAUGAUCGACGGGAAAGUUGGUGUUAAACCUAGGCUCAGAUGCGGGCAACAAUGGAAGCCACCGAUGAUCACCCUGGAUCUGCAAGUGAUCUCGCCCGUCGACCGGGUGCCCGUCGUGGUUGGCUCAGGCAACGAGAUCUGGGUCGCUGUGGUUUUGCAAGGUUUGGUGGUCGGGGAGAUUGAUAGGCCUGGUGUUGCUGGCAAUACCAGUGGAAUUGGGUUGGAUGUUGGCGUAUUGUUGGAUAUUUCAUCGUACACUUCGCCAGAGUGCUUCGAAGAGAUGAAGCGUGAAGCGAAACGUCUGGUCGAAGCGAUGGAGACGUCGCGAGAUCGAAUCGCGGUUAUGACCUUCUCCCCACCAACCUUUGCGAAACGAACGUCUUCACGAGGACACGCCGGCCUCAGGAUACUGAAUUCUUCGGGAAGCGUUGCGAAGAAGCAGUUGAUCGAAGACGUUUCGAGUCUGCAACCAGGCCUCAGCGCGGACCCAUCUGGACGAGACGUCGCCGCAGCAGUGAGAGCAGCCGUCAAAACACUGCAGAACAUGCCGUCGGAUACCAGUAAGUACGGUUCGAAGAGGUCCGGACACCUGUUCUUGAUCACCACUAAGCUCGAUAUUGGGGUUAUCGAGGGAAACUUCGGGGGAAUCAAGAUCCACAUUAUCGGCGUCGGCCCAAUAUUUAAUCCCACUAGUGCAAUGGGGGGAGAAGGAUGGUGUGCGGCAAUGUCAUCUCCACUCGAGAUGCUGUACGGUCCAAGGCUCAGGAAAGUUGUUGCGGACGGUAUCGAUAUACCCGUCAGCAAGCCUCCCGGUACAAAUGACAUAAAGACCAUUAUCAAUCUCCUCCGGAUGGGGAUCGAUGUGGGAUCUAUUUCAGGAGGCGACUUGUUCUUCUAUCCAGGUGAAGGAUGCAGACUCAAGGGCGUCCUCGGAGACAUGUCGUUUACUAGGUUGCUUCCAGGUGAGCGCAGGUGCUUGAUGGUGAAGCUGGAAAUCGGGGACUUUCCAGGCUGGGACUGUGAGAAUCUGGACAUCGAUGGAGCGGAGCGACAAUUACAGGCUACUCUUGGGGAGCUUUCCAGCAACAUCCUUACGGUGGAAGCUAUCUAUCGGCACUCGCACUUCAGCGCGCCGGAUGUGAAGAUCACUUCCAAGCACGUCGUGGAGGUCGCGAGGUACGAAGAGGGCUGCGUUUGGAGUCAGUCAAAGCUGGAUCUGAACCACGGCGUGCCGACACAACACCUAUUCGCCGCCGACGAAGGUAGGAGCCUGUCGGAUAGGGCACGUGUGAACUCUGUGCUAGUGCAGGUCCUUGCCGACCGGCAUUCCUCCGCUCGCGCAGCUCGACAGGCAGUGGAGCAGCUCCGAGACCAUGUCGAUGCGCCUGCGAUUCUUCGGGAACUGGGUUAUCAGGUUUAUCUAGAGAACCGUUUUGGAUUUAAACGCCCCAAGAUUGAUGAGUCUCCCGACAUGGAAGCGUAUUCUGGCCGGAUGAUGGAGUUCUUUGAACGCAGCCUCUCGCCUGAUGACUCUAAGACAGUGGUGAACAAGCCGAGGCCCAUUCCGCGGGAGUACGAUGCUGCUGGCUCGGAUCUCUCGAUGGACGGCGGAGGUGACGGUGAGGUCGUUUCCCACAGCGAUUCGGAGCUGUACAAUACGUCUCCUCGCCGCACGCAGAGCCAGGUCCAACCAUAUCGAUGCCGGAGCCCGGACGAGGCGAAGAAAUUGUGGAUGCGACUCGGAAGCGGCUUCGACGACGACCUUGGUGCGUUGUGUAUGGAUGAGGAUUUCGACGUGGAUGAUGGUAACACACUUUAUUCUCCGGCGGACAUGGUCGAGAGACGCAAUAGUGUUGGUCGCAAUAGUGUUGGUCAACAGACGCUCAUCACGUUGAGGAACGUGAGGGAGACGGAUUUUUCGCCGUGGGUUUUGUGA